GGGUCCGAGAGGGCUGUGCAGCAGCAAUGGCCCUAAGGAUGCUCUGGGCUGGACAGGCCAAGGGGAUCCUAGGAGGCUGGGGGAUCAUCUGCUUGGUGAUGUCUCUACUCCUCCAGCACCCAGGAGUCUACAGCAAGUGCUACUUCCAAGCUCAAGCCCCCUGUCACUAUGAGGGGAAAUAUUUCACCCUGGGCGAGUCUUGGCUCCGCAAAGACUGUUUCCAUUGCACCUGUCUGCAUCCUGUUGGCGUGGGCUGCUGUGACACGUCCCAGCAUCCCAUCGACUUCCCGGCUGGGUGUGAGGUACGUCAGGAGGCAGGAACCUGCCAGUUCUCCUUGGUGCAAAAAUCUGACCCUCGGCUGCCCUGCAAAGGGGGAGGGCCUGACCCAGAAUGGGGCUCAGCCAACACCCCUGUUCCUGGGGCUUCUGCUCCCCACUCCAGCUAAACUCAACUGAUCACCCAUCUGCUGACUGGUCACUGCUGCUGCCACUUCCAGGGAAACCACUAGCAGCUGCCAAUGUAUUCUGAAUAAAUAAAUUAAUGCUAUAGCUGAAA